AAAGUUCUGAUUAAUUGAAUACUCCACCAGAUAUUGAUGAGUGCAAAGAACCAAACAAGUAUCUUUGCCACGGACCUUGCCGGAAUACCAUCGGAUCCUACAUUUGCGAAAAUGAAACAAACAAAACGAACAAAACAAACUGGCUUUUCAUUUUGGUUGUAGGUAUCAGUCUAGGGGUUGCAGUAGUUUGCUUAAAUAUUGGUGCACGAUGGUUGUCCAAAAUGUUAAAGAAGAGAAGGAAAAUGAAGCUCCGAAGCCAGUUCUUCAAACAAAGCUUAUUAUUGCAGCAACAAUUGUCUUCAACCGAGGGUAAUGUUGAAAUGACCAAAACAUUUAGUACGAAGGAGUUGGAAAAGGCAACUGAUAACUUCAACUGGAAUAGAAUACUUGGUCAGGGAGGUCAGGGCACUGUUUAUAAAGGAAUGUUGGUUGAUGGAAGAAUUGUUGCAAUUAAGAAGUCCAAAGUAUUAGAUGAAGAGAAAGUUAAAGAUUUCAUCAAUGAAGUAGUGAUUCUUACACAGAUUAAUCACAGAAACAUAGUUAAGUUAUUAGGGUGUUGUUUAGAGACUGAAGUUCCUUUGCUAGUUUAUGAAUUCAUCCCCAAUGGGACACUUUUCCAGUAUAUACAUGAUGAAAAUGAGGACUUCCCAUUAUCUUGGGAGAGACGAUUAACAAUUGCAUCAGAAGUUGCAUCUGCCCUUUCCUACUUGCACUCAGCAGCCUCCACUCCCAUUUAUCAUCGAGAUGUCAAGUCCUCGAAUAUUUUACUGGAUGAAAAGUAUAGGGCAGAGGUUUCAGACUUUGGGACAUCGAGAUCAAUUGCCAUUGAUCAAACUCAUUUGACUACAAAUGUUCAAGGCACAUUUGGGUACGUAGACCCUGAAUAUUAUCAGUCAGGUCAAUUUACAGAAAAGAGUGAUGUUUAUAGCUUUGGAGUUGUUCUUGUUGAGCUCUUAACUGGGGAAAAACCAAUUUCUUUGGAAAAGGCAGAAGGUGAAAGAAAUUUAGCCUCUCAUUUCAUUCUUUCCAUGGAAGAGAAUAACCUCUUGAAUAUUCUUGAUGCUCGAGUUAAGGAUAGUUCUGCACAUGAAGAAAUUAUAAAGGUUGCUAAACUUGCGUAUAGAUGCUUAAGCUUGAGUGGUGAAAGGCGGCCAAGGAUGAUAGAAAUUGCUAUGGAGUUGGAGCAGAUUCGUUUUUUGCAAAACAAUUCAAGUGAUCAAAAAAAUCAUGAAGAGAUUACAUAUGAUGAAUCUGAAGUAACCAAAUACUGGAAUGUUGCCUCAAGAACUUCUUCAUUAUUAGAUACAGAUACAGAGCCACUAUUUUCAAGUCAAUCACGGGGAUCUUAAGAAAAGAAAGUGGGCUCAAAUGCCAUAUGCUAUUGGUAGGGAUAUUAAGAUCUUGUUUAGUAUAAUUGCAGUUUUUUUUUUUUUUUUUCAGUUGUUCUAAAUUUUAUAAAUUAAAAAUAAAUCUCAUUUAGUUCA